AUGUCUGCUUCAGCACAACAAUCUUUCCGGAAUCAGCUCUCGGGCUUUCGAUGGGCUAAUUCAGUUCAAGAUGAUUCCACUCCCCCUCCUGCUACCUCGGCAAACCCAUUGAGUAGAGCAUGGAAUAGCAUGUCGGGUUAUAUACCGCUUAGGAAUGAAGGAGCGAGUCAAGAAGAAGAAGCUUAUUUUGCUCUUUCGCCUCUGACGAGUAGAUUUCUUGGAUUUUUAGCAUGUUGUGCGGGUGGAAUAGCAUGUUUCGGUAUUGCAUUUUUAUUCUUACCCAUGCUGGCUAUAAAACCUCGAAAGUUCGCAUUGGCAUUCACACUCGGAAGUUUGUUAUUCAUGUUAGGUUUUGCUAUCCUUCAUGGACCAUGGAAUCACCUCAAACAUAUAACAUCCCCCGAACGUCUCCCCUUCUCUUUAUCAUACUUCGGUUCUCUCGCCCUCACCCUUUUCUUCGCUAUCGGUGUUCGAUCGACCAUCGGUACUUUACUAGCAGCCAUCAUCCAAGUCGUCGCUCUUCUCAGUUACUUUGCAGCUUACUUCCCUGGUGGAAUCACCACAUUGAGGUUUGGUGGACAGAUGUUAUUACGAGGAGCUGGGAAUGUGUUACCUAUAUGA